AUGGCUUCUCUCCGACCCUCUGUCAAGAGGUUAUUACGGCAACCGCCCUGCCGGUUGUACUCGGGCGCUCCAUCAUCCUCAUCACGGCUCAAUCUACCCAUCGACUACAAAUCCACGCCUCUCCUGCACCAUACCUCGUCCUCACUAUCAAGCGCUCUAGAGCUCCCCGGCUCGACGACCAGCAAAUCACUCAAUCUAUACCAAGCUAUCAAUGCCGCGCUGCGAACCGCCCUUGCUACGGAUAACAGGGUGAUGCUUUUUGGCGAGGAUGUAGCCUUCGGCGGAGUGUUUCGGUGCUCGAUGGACUUGCAAACAGAGUUUGGAUCUGAGCGUGUAUUCAAUACCCCGUUGACGGAGCAGGGUAUUGUAGGGUUCGCUAUUGGAGCUGCAGCGCAAGGCAUGAAGCCUGUUGCCGAGAUCCAGUUCGCAGAUUAUGUCUUCCCUGCAUUUGACCAGAUUGUAAACGAAGCUGCAAAGUUCAGGUAUCGAGAGGGAGGCACAGGCGUGAAUGUGGGGGGAAUGGUAGUCAGAAUGCCAUGUGGUGCAGUCGGACACGGCGCCCUAUACCAUACACAAUCUCCCGAGUCGCUUUUCGCCCAUGUCCCCGGUGUCCAAGUGGUUAUGCCUCGGUCUCCCUCACAAGCAAAGGGCCUCCUCCUGAGCGCCAUCUUCCAGAGCAACAACCCAGUCAUCUUCAUGGAGCCCAAGAUUCUGUACCGCGCAGCAGUUGAGCACGUCCCAAAUGAAUUCUACACAAUACCGCUUAACAAAGCCGAAGUGGUCAAACCAGGAAAUGAUGUGACAGUCAUCUCGUACGGUCAACCAAUGUACCUCUGCUCUGCCGCCAUUAGUGCUAUCGAAAAGGACAUUGGCGCCAAGGUUGAACUCAUCGAUCUCCGAACAAUAUACCCUUGGGACCGACAAACUGUCCUCGACAGCGUGAAGAAAACCGGACGUGCUGUCGUGGUGCACGAGAGUAUGAUCAACUACGGCGUCGGUGCUGAAGUUGCUGCUACCAUCCAAGACGGCGCAUUCUUGCGCCUGGAGGCUCCAGUGAAGCGAGUGGCUGGGUGGAGUACCCACACUGGCCUUACAUUUGAGAAACUCAUCUUACCUGAUGUCGCGAGAAUUUAUGAUGCUAUUAAGCAGACACUGGAGUACUGA